AUGAAUAUAUCAACUGCAAAGGCUCAUCACUAUCUAGCUAAUAUUGCUAUUUCUUCUGUUUCUCAAGAUGAAAAAAAAGAACAUUCUGAUGAACACUAUUGUCUUGCAUUUGUAAAAGAAGCAAAACAAUUUGUAGCUUUAUUUCUGACCUAUUCUAUUAUUAUUUUCCAGGAUUAUAAAGCCAAGAUUCCUCUUGGUAUUCUCACAGUUAGAAGAACUUUUCAGAUCAUAUAG